AUGGCUCUCCGGCCAUCCCUGUUCUCGCGCUGGCUCGCGCAACCAGCAGAGCUCCUCCAACAAUCCACAAUCACCCUUCGCGCAACCCGAUCCCGAACCUCCCCGUCGCAGACCCUGGCUCUGACUCGACGAGUCCUUCUUAACGGGCAAGGACAAUCGACCACCAGACGCUCAUUCAACUCGCUAGCAAACCGAUUCACCACCCGAGCGAAUCUGACACCACGAGCAAUCCACCUCCCACGCCGCAGCACCCGCCGCGCAAACUCAACCAACAGCAACAACACCUCCCAAUCCAGCUCAUCCACCAAAGAAGGCAGCUCGCUCUCACAGCGCCUCCGCACUUUAUCCCGAGAAUACGGUUGGGCCGCGCUGGGCGUGUACUUGGGCCUUUCAGCACUGGAUUUCCCCUUCUGCUUCGUCGCGGUGCGAUUGCUUGGUGUAGAGCGGAUUGGGCAUUGGGAGCAUGUUAUUGUUUCGUCUGUGAAGGAUGUAUUUAAGUCUGUUUGGCCGCAGGCGGAGAGUGGAUCUGCGGCGGAGGGAGAUGUUGGGGAGGGUGCGCUUGUGAAGCUUGAUGGGGAGGAGGAGGGGAGUAUGGAGGAAGCUAGUAUAUGGACUCAAUUGGCUCUGGCAUAUGCCGUCCACAAGAGUCUCAUUUUCAUCCGUGUCCCAUUGACAGCGGCCGUGACGCCCAAGGUCGUCAAGGUUUUGCGACGCUGGGGUUGGGAUAUCGGCAAGCGCAAGCCGAAGAGCACCUAA